UCACAAAGAUUCUGCAUCGCAAUUUAAUUAGGGAAAAUCGAUGAGUUCUUCUUCUUCGUCUUCUUCAUCGGUUCGAAACAAUAAACCAAAAAUCUACAGGAUUGGGACCGAUCGAAAUGUGUAUUGUAAUCAUGACAUGGUUGCAGUCAAGCGAGUUGCUAGUUCUCGUAGUUCUAGAGAAGGGCAGGAGUUUUAAAGAUGCCCUUUAUGGCUUGUCUGCCAGGACCAAAUUUGAUUGCUGGAGGUUCCAGGGGAAAUCAACAGAUGACCAAUACUUAUCUGAAGGUAGUGGGGGGAUUGUGAACUGAUAGGACCUGAGAUAAAUGUCCUUGGUGUAAUAAGGAUGAACAAAUUCCUCAGCAUUCUUAUGGAGAAAACCUGCUACUGCACAUACAUUUUGACAUGGAAUACAGUUAAAUUGUUACAAUGUUUGCGGUUAAGGUGUGAUGUGUUGCUUUGGCAUUUUUUGAUGAUAAUAUUCCCACUCAUAACUUCGAUAAUUUCCAGUUAUCAAGCAAUUCAUAUUCAGAUGUUAUGUGAAAACCUUGCACCAGAUGGUUUUGUGGAAAAUAUCACAAGGAAAGGGCUAUAUUUAUAUUCUGAUGUACUUAAUCUGAGUUCAAAUGUGCUGGUAUUUUACUUGAAACACCCAAGGUUUGAACCGUCCAUGCACACAAGAUAAGUAAGUGGAGCCAACAAUGAAGGAAAUUGCAUCAAGAGAUGUUUCAAGAUUUACGAUCAUGAAAUAUAGAACAAUGUGUGCUUGAUUGUAUUUAGGUUUCGGUUUAUUGUUUUAGAACGAUUAA